AUGGUGUUCGCUAUUGCCCGAACAGGUGCACCGACGGUCCCCUUGGACAUGGCCACCGUCAUUGGCAAAACGAAUGGAACGGUGACCAGCUACUACGGCAUCCCGUACGCACAGCCUCCUAUCAACGACCUCCGGCUCCGGCUCCCCAAGCCCGUGAUCACAUACAAUGGGACCAUCAACGCGACGGUCCCGGCCACUCAAUGCAUACAGGGUUCGGCGGCACCACGCAGCGACCUGCCUGCGGAUAUCCUGCAAGACCUACUUGCGUACGGCGCUACAAUUCCCCUGACAGCAGUCGAUGUACCUCAGAGCGAAGAUUGUCUGUCUGUCACCGUACAGAUUCCGGCUGGCACCAAGCCCGGAGCGAAACUGCCUGUACUCGCAUAUAUCUAUGGAGGCGGUUUCACCUCUGGGUCUACGGCGGGGAGUCCAGGGGACGUGCUAGUCCAAAGGUCAGUCGAACUAGGACAGCCGCUCGUCUUCGUGAGCAUCAACUACCGGCUUGCCUUCGCAUUCUUGGGAGGUAAGGAAAUCAAGGAAGCCGGCAUCGGCAACCUUGGACUCCACGAUCAACGUCUCGCGUUGCGGUGGAUCAAAAAGCACAUCGCCACCUUCGGCGGCGACCCCAAGAAAGUCACCAUUAACGGCCCGAGCGCGGGCGCCAUCUCCGUCGGGCUGCACAUGGUCACCAACGGCGGGAACAACGAAGGCCUCUUCCGCGCUGGGAUCAUGCACGCCGGCGGCCCUCUCCCCACGGGCGACAUCGAGAUCCUGCAGCCGUUCUAUGACACGGUCGUCGCGCACGCGAACUGCACGGGCGCCGCGGAUACGCUCGAGUGCUUGCGCCAGGUCCCGGCGGCUACGCUGCAGGAGGCGGGUGCGGCGGUGCCGAACCUCUUUGAUUACCCGGGACUUGCUGAGGCCUGGGCUCCGCGCGCGGACGGUGUCUUCAUCGGGGCGCCUCCGCAACACCUUGUGCUCGCGGGAAGCGUGGCCAACAUCCCUUUCAUCACCGGGGACGCUCUCGACGAAGGCACGGUUUUCUCCACGGGCAGCUUCAACGUGACCACCGAAGACGAGUUCCGCACCUUCGUCCAACAGGAAUUCUUCCCCAACACGCCGGCCGACGUCCUCGCGCCCCUCUUCGACCUGUACCCCAAUGUCGCCUCGGAGGGAUCCCCGUUCGAGACAGGGGAUGCGAACGAGCUCUACCCUGAGUUCAAACGUAUGGCGGCGCUCCAGGGCGAUAUAAUCUUUCAGGCGCCGAGGCGGUUCCUUUUGGACCAGCGGUCCCUGAAACAGCCCGCAUGGACGUACACCAGCAAGCGCGGCGCAGUGCAGGGUCUCGGAUGCCCGCACGGGACAGACGCGGUCCAGGCGCUCGUCGAGGGCAACGACCUCGCGGACUACGUGAUCCAGUUCACGGCGACGCUCGACCCGAACGGUGGUGCGUCGAACCGCACUAUCCCGUGGCCACGCUACGACCCGGGCGCGCGCAGCAUGCUUGUGCUGCUCGAGGGCGACACGCCACUCGGAAUCGUGCCGGACACCGCAAGGUUGGAGGCGAUGGCGGGGUUGACGGCGCUGACCGUGGCGUACCCGAUUUAAGGUUGGGAUGUACUAGCUGUG